AUGUCAAUUAAACCUUUGUCAAUUACAGUUCCACAUCCAUCUACCCAAAGGGGACAUGCAACACAUAUAUCUUACGAUCCAGUCAACGAAAGAUUGGCUUAUGUAAAUGGGAAAUCUGUCAUAAUCAGACCAGUCGAUUUCAAAUCUACUUCGCCAACUGUGGUUUUCUCGAAACAUAUUUUCCCAACAACUGCAGUUAAGUUUUCGCCAUCCGGGUAUUACGUUGCUUCUGGUGACGAAGCAGGUAAUAUUAAAAUUUGGGAUGCCUCACCAAAGUCUGAACCUGAUUUCGAACAGCCAGUUAUUAAAAGUGAAUUUCAAGUGAUGUCUGGUCCUAUUCGAUCAAUUGCUUGGGAUGCUGAUAAUUCUCGUAUAAUUGCUGUUGGUCAAGGUAAAGAAAAGUUUGGACAUGCAUUUUCAUGGGAUUCGGGUAAUUCGAUUGGGGAUAUUCAAGGACAUAGUUCACCUAUCAAUGUUGUUGAUAUAAAACCCCAAAGACCAUAUCGGGCUGCCACUGUUGGUGACGAUCAUGCUCUUGUAUUUUUCACGGGUCCACCAUUUAAAUUUGACAAAAGUUUGAGGGGCAAUCACAACAAUGUAGUAAGGGACGUCAAAUUUAGUCCUGACGGAGAGUAUAUUGUUUCAGUCGGCUCCGAUAGAGUUAUUGCAAUUUAUCAAGGGAAAACCGGCGAAUUUGUUAAAAAAAUUGAAAAAGCUCACGAAGGUGGUAUUUUCGCUGUAGCUUGGUUGCCCGACUCUAAGCAUUUCAUCACAGCAUCAGCAGAUAAUACAUUGAAAAAAUGGACAUUAGAUGGUGAAAACACUCAAAAAUUUGAAAUUAGUAGCACUACAUCAGUUGGUAAUCAGCAAGUUGGGUUGGCAUUGACUAAAGAAUUUGUUGUCUCUCUUUCAGGAAACGGUAAUUUGAAUUAUUUUGAUCACGAGGGAAAUUUAGUGCAAAUUGUUCAAGGACAUCAAUCACCUAUAACUAAGGUUGAAUUUCAUGAUGGUUUUCUCUUAAGUGGCGGAUCUGAUGGGAAACUUUUUAAAUGGGAGGUAGGAACUGACGGACCAAAAGCAUUGCCAGUAUUACAGGAUGAUGAUGAACAUUCAAAUUAUGUUGUUGAUAUAUUAACAGUUGAUGAUGUAACAUACACGACUGGAUGGGAUGAUACUUUAAAGUCAUGGAGAGAUGGAAAAGUGGUCUCUUCGGUUAAAUUACCUUCACAACCAAAACAAUUAGGUUCAAUCAAAGGUGCUGUUUUUGUCUUGUUUGAAUCUGCAUUGCAAUUGUACACAGAAGUUAACUUCCAAUUGAUUGCUGAGACAAAAUUUGAUUUCACAGCUACAUAUGCUGCGCCAACUAAUGAUACCCACAUUUUGAUAACCAACACUACUAGCAAUACAGUUGAAGAAUUUCAAGUUGGGAAUGGGGAAAUUAGAAAAACUUCUAAAGAAUUUCCCAAAAGUCGUUCGCCUCCAACUUUCAUAACAGUAUCACCUUCUCGUGAGUUUUUCGCUGUUGCUGAUUCUGCUGGUAAGUAUACUUUGUUCAAUACUUCAGAUGGGACAGUGGUGUCCACUCGUUGGGCCUUCCACAAUAGUAAAGUUUUUGACGCGAAAUGGACAUCAGACUCAAAGUAUUUGAUAAGUGGUGGGUUGGACAGUAGUUUGUUAUUGUAUUCAGUGGAGAAACCUUCGAGGGUUGUCAAGUAUCUCUUAGCUCACCCAUCUGGUAUAUCUAGUAUAGAUUGGGUGGCCUAUGACUCAGAAAAGAAAACCGGGACAUUUGUCAGUGCCGGAUUAGAUGCUACUAUUAGAUCUUGGUACAUUUCUAUUUAG